AAUCCCGUAGUUCAAUUUGAGCAUGUCAACAAACAUGGCAGGGCGCACUGGACGAGAUGCUGCUUAUCCUUUGUUUGAGAAGAUAUCCAACAAAUUCAACAUCAGUUCCAGCAAAAAGUCAUCAAACCGCCAAUUACUGUCAGUGGUGGACGACGCACUUUUGUGCUGGAGCCCCGAGGACUGCUGUCUCUUCUCACAGGUCCUGGACGUACCCACCUCAACAGUCCAGACAUUAGCUCUUUCCCGACCUCCAGUUUGGGAGGUUGAGCAGCUGCUGAGGAACAGGAAUAGAAGCUGUCUGGCUUUGGCUGGUAGUCGAGGUGUGGUUGUUGUGUAUCUACCCCUGCGCUCAGGCACUCCCCCCUUGUUUGACCAUGGCAAGGAAGCAAUCACCUGCAAAGUGGAGUAUGUUGCAGAACACUUCCUCACCUGCCAUCCAAAGCUGGAAGUGGUGAGUGCUGCGUGGCACCCAGGUUCCCUUGAGAACAUCCACAUAGUUAUUCUUUCAUCAGAUAAUUGUCUCAGAAUUUACAGUCUGUCAUCAACUGAAAUUCCUGAACAAACAAUUGCUAUUGGACCAGGUGAGGUUGGUGUCAUCAAUAGCUCCAGCAUCACUUGCAACUCUGCCCUUGGAGAGGAUGCAAUUGCAUUCGACUUUGGUGUUCCCUUUGAACCUGUGAAAUGUGUCUCUGGCAAUCCUGUAUCCAAUCACAGCUUCAGCUACAUGAAUGAUGAAGAGGAGGGACAAAUCAGAUAUGUUCAACUGCAGUGGCCCAUAUUUAUCCUUCUCAGCAAUGGGGAGGUUUACUACACAAAUACCUCUCUUGGAUGUAACAGACCACCAGUACAUCAAUUGUAUGGGCCCUUGAGCAUGAUCCCAGCAUGUGAAGACAAUUAUGGACUGGACUCUUGCAGCUUGUUGGUGCUACAAUGCUCACCACCCAUACUUGUUAUUGCUACUGCAGGUGGACAGCUCCAUCACUGUGUUGUCAUUGAUACAAAAUAUAAAGAUAAUUCCACAGUGUUUCCACCUAGUGCUUCAUCUGACCUUCAGUUCAGCUUGCAAACAAGUGUUAAGCUACAUGUAUAUGAGACUGUGGAACUAGAGUUGUCACUACUUCCUGAUGACCAAGGAUUCACCACACCUCUCCUUCUUCAUCCAGAUCCCACUACCCCAACAAGGUACUUGGUGAGCCAUGAAGCUGGUGUGCACACAGUCACUGUUUCUCUUGUGGAGAAGCUUCUAAACUACAGUGAACUCCCUGAUGAUGCUGGUUUCACAGAAAGUGAAUUCCCUUGUGUGGUGGACCAUGUACUCUGCACCAGACUGGUGACUCCUGCUACUUUGCUCCCAGUAGUGGGUUUGGUGGCCAGUGCUUGUCACUCACUUUUUAUUCUUCUAGCAUCAGGAAAAGUCUUUGCUGUACCAUUACCAUCUGCCUUUUUGCCAGAGUUAAUUGAACACACUAAUCCAGAGAUUGACCUUGUGCCAUCUCCUUUAAGGAAGGUACAUACUGAAAACUUUGAAAAUCACAUCAGAAGCACCUUGCAGCGGACAACUUCACAGCCCUUGCUAGCCUCUGGGUCUACUGGCAAUGUGACCCACAGUAAGUGCAUCUCUCUCCUCAACCGUGUGCUGAUGACUCUACGCACUAAUUACAUGCAGCCACAGAAAGUUGCCAAGAUGGACAUGGAUAAAAGGUCAGAUAUUCUUGUUCAACAGAAGCAAAGGUUAAAAGAUGAUUUAGAAGCUCUGCAAGCGAGGAAAAAAGCUCUAACAGAGAAAGCUCAUGAACUAGCAGAAAAGUAUGAGAAUGCCAAUGAAAAGAAGUGCUUACUUAUAGGAAGAUUGGAAUGUGUGAUCAGCAGAAUGAUGAGAACUCUUCCUGUGCUAUCCAACAGUGAGAAGAAAAUGAUGCAAGAAUUAGAAACAAUGCAGACUCAUAUUCCUGGGUUAUUGAACCAACUUAAACAAAUAAAGGAGAAGGAAAAGCUAACAAGUCAGAUGGAAGCACACCAUACAUCAGAAGCAGCAGGACAUCAGGUUAGCAGCAUUUCUGAGAACCAACUCAAGACUCUCAGUGAAGCUCUGUCUAAAGAGGGAGAAAAGUUGGUGAGUCUCACACAAAAAGUUAAUCAAGCAAAGCAGGAGUUUCAUCUAUGAAGAUAUUGAUUUAAUAAGUAGGUCACAUGGAAUGGGAAAGUGAGUUUGAAAUCAUAUUUAUUGAACUGAUGAUGUGUAAUUGUUGUGUGUUUUGUUUGGAUUAUUUUAUAGAAAUUUCUGAAUCUUUUUACCCUCUGAUGUAAGUAUUUUCCACUUCCUGUUGCAUAAAAAUACAUUUUGUCUUCAGA